GGUGGAGGCGGCGUUGGAGCACUGGUACGUCACGGGUCUCCAGCAGCAGGGGGCGGUGCCUUCGCUCAUCGCCUCGGUGGGAGACUCGUCUUCGUCUCUGCUUAGUGUCGUGUUCGAGUUGAACCCCGAGGAGAGUGCUGCCGACCAGCUGCUCCGAGUCCACUCGCAGCCCGUGGAGAUCGUCUACGACGCGAUGACGGUGAACAGUCUGGCCGACUUCUUUAAGACGGGAAAAGGGGUCGACCUGGAGGUGCUGACGUCCGCCACGCUUUCCAAACUGGAGGAGAUCAAAGAGAAGACCGCCACAGGUCUGUCUCACAUCAUUGAGACCAGGAAGGUCCUGGACCUGAGGAUCGACCUGAAGCCGUCCUACUUGCUGCUUCCAAAAUCUGGUUUCUACAGCGACUCGUCAGAUCUGAUCAUCGUGGACUUCGGCAGCUUACAGUUGAACAGUGUGGAGCAGAGUGGUCCCAGUUCCUCUUCGUCCUCCUUCUCCUCUCUGGAGGAGAUCAUGGAUAGAGCCUAUGAGAGGUACAACGUGGAGCUGCGACGAGUUCAGGUGCUCUACAGCAGAUCAGGUGAGGCCUGGAAGUCGGCCCGACUGCAGCGCUCUUCGGUCCAACACAUCUUGCAGCCGAUGGACUUCACCAUCCAACUGGCCAAGUGCAUGGUGGAGAAGGACGCGCGGAUGCCCAG